GGUAAAGUGUCAAGUGAAAAUAAUCUGAUGGUGAUAUUACAUUAAAAACCUUUAAAAUAAAUAAAAAUAAUUAAGAUAAGUCGCUAAAUAAUUAUAAAUUUAUCUACAGUAAUCUUUAUGUUAGAUAUUAUAUGUAAUAGAUGGUGUACUGACUUUAGCAUCGAAAUGUUAGUUCGGACGCUCCCCAUGUUCGUGGAAUUCUUAUUUUAUUAUAAGAAGGAUUCGUGUUUUUAUUGAAGAUAUAAUGUUGUUUUAUGUGGAAUUCAAUUUAAGAUACAAGUGUUUCGCGCCAAAACAUAAUGAGCGAUAAAUUGAACAGGGAGUUUUACGCUUCAGGAGCUGCAGCCUUCAACUAUAACAAUGUGACGGGCGGCGCGGACAGCGGGUCGGGCGGCUCGGGCGGGUCGGGCUCGGGCAUGGACUGCCUGCAGCUGCGCGCGCAGCCCGGCCCCUUCCACUACCUCAUCUCGGAGCAGGCUAAGUCCUUCGUCGCUUUGCAGGAGCUCCAGAAUGAGGUCGGAGCCCUGCUUGAGUUCCGCGACCUCGUCAUCGAGACGUUUCCCAACCUGCGCUCCAAGAUGUCGCCCUCGGCGCCAACGGGCGCGCGCAGGGAGUGGGAACCCGGAGUGCGCGUGCGCCGCAAGCUGGCCGGCGCCAGCGAUGGCCGCAAGCCGCAGCCCUCCGUGCAGGACUCCGGCUUCAGCACAGAGACCUCCUGCGGCAAAGACGCGCACUCUUCCUCCGCCUCCGCCUCCGCAUCAGCGACCGCCACGCGCUCGCGUCCGGUCGAAGAUGAGCUGUGGGCUCUGCUUGACACCAUCCAACGGAAGGGCAUCCGGAUACGGGACGAGGCGGAAUUGCUCCGGGGCGAGCUGGACGAGAGGCGGUCCGAGACUACGGAGGAGUCGUUCGCCCGUGCACUGUCCGGCGGCUGCGGGGAGUGCACGGACCUCGUGCGGCUGAGGGAGGAGCGGGAUGCGCUUUUGGCUCGUGCCGCGCAACUGGAGGCGGCGGCAGCACUCGCCAGCGCGGCACCACCACCCCCGCCCGCGCCAUCCACAAGCCUUGCGCCCCCUUCGCCCGCCUGCCUAGGACGACUGGACACGCCACUGCAGCGCCCCCCGCGGACGCCGCUUGUGCCCCGACCAGACUCCAAGAAAUUCACGGCGAUUCUCCAGGAGAGCAAUCCCGUCGAACUUCAGCGCCAACUCCUCUCCUUUACAGUACAAAAUCAGGUGUACUGCGAGCAAUUGAAACGCGCCGCGGAGCAGAAGACGUUGCUGCUCGAGAGACUCGAGCGCGCCAACGAACUCAACGAAGACCUCAAGUUCCGAUUGGAGGAGAAGAGCAUAGAACUGGAAGGCGCGCGAGCUCGCGUGCGGCUGCUGGAGGGGCGGCGGAGUUCGGGCGAGUUGCACAGCAGCAUGCGCGACAUGCAGCCGCUCGCCAUGCCUGAGCCCGAGUCGGGGCGGGGGCAGGGGCACGAGCACGAGGAGGAGGAGGAGCGGCUGUCGCAGACACCGCGCCGCCGGCCCAGCCGCAUCCCGCGCCACACGCCGCACAAGGCCGCCGCGCCGCGCCCGCCCGCCGCCGAGCCGCGCCCGCCCUCCGCCCACUCGGCGCACUCGGUGCACUCGGCGCGCUCCGUGCGCUCCGGCCACUCGGCGCGCGUCCGCACCCCCGCCCCCGCACCCGGCACUGCGCCGCGCGACGAGCCCUCCGGCCUCCCCGUCCGCCGCACGCCCUCCCACGACAAGGUUCGCCUCAGAACAUUGUGGAACUGGUUCCCCUUCAAAGACUCGACCUCGUAA